AUGGAGCGCGACGAGUAUGAAGCGGGGCUGGCGUUGGACGAGCAAUUCCUUCGCUUGGCGAUCACGCUCGAGAAACGGCUGGCGCUACUGGACAGGCAUGCACGUGUGCGGGUUCAGGCAUGGCUCAAGAAGCUUCGGCAGGAGACCUCCAACCACACGUGGAAGCGCAGCCGCAACCAGUACGCGCGGCUGCUGCUGGAGCAGCUCAGGGCGGGCGUGCUGGAGCCGCCCUUCCACCUGUUCCCCCCAGAGGGGGCCCUGCCCACCCUGGCCCUCUUCCUCACCUCCAGGCGCGGCCGCCGGCAAGAGGAGCAGGAGGACGGCCGCGGCGACGGCGGCAGCCCGUCCCGCGGGGCGGCGGCGCCGCAGCGCGGCCGCAGCCCCGGGGCCGGGUCGCGCGCGAACCGGGCGGCCGCGCUGGUGGAAGCUGCCCUGAACCUGGAAGCUGACCUGGAGGAGGCGAGGGAGGGGGCAGGGGCCCUGGAGGCGCGGCUGAGGCUGGCAGAGGAGAAGAUACACAGCCAGCAGCAUGGGGCGUCGUCGUUCCUUAAGGACACCACCUAG